UCUUUAUUGAUAUGAAUACAAUGACUCAACAGCAGCAACAACAACAACACCACCAUCACCAAUUAAAUUCAGAUUCAGAGCAACCAAAAAAGAAAAGGGGAAGAAAGAAGCGUGAUUCACUUCCGGUAGCCUCUUUAUGUAAUCAACCUACUUUAUUAGCCCCAAAACCACUUGCUCCACGUCCACCUGAAUCAAUACCACCUAUUAUUAAACAAGAACCUAUUAUCGUACCUCUCAUCAGUCACACCACACCAUCUCCUAAUCAUCCUCAUCAAGAAGACGCACAAAAGGUAGCACAAAUACAAAAGAGACAAGAAAGAUUAAUCAAAAAUCGAGCUGCUGCUUUGUUAUCACGUAAAAGGAAAAGAGAACAUUUAACUCAACUGGAAGAAGAAAAACAGAAAUUGUUAGUAGAGAAUGAAAGACUUCAAUCUCAACUGACUUUAUUAGAGACAAAACUUGAGAAUUUAGAAAAGGAAAAUUUAGAAUUAAAAGAAAAAUUAAAAGAAAAAGAAACGACGACGACGAUUAUUCAAAUGAGUCAUCAGCAGCAGCAGCAGCAGCAUCUUCAACAGCAUCUUCAACAUAAAAAGCAACAUGAUAUUUUACAAAAACCAACAACUAAAGCAACUGGCGUAGUUUUCAUGAUUAUUUUAUUUUCUUUUGCUCUAUUUACUUUACCUACAAGAAGCUCUGUCAAUCGUUUAACUGUAGGUGGUUCAGGUUUAUUGGAAAAGAAUCAGUUUCCUUUAAUUGAUUCAUCUAGUAUGCUGCCUCCUAUAAUGAAAGAAGAAGGACGAGAAGAGAUACCAACCGAUCUUGUUCUUUUAGACUCUGUACGACCACGUGAUCUUCAGACGUGGAUCAAUAAUCAUAAAUUAGUCGAUCAACAAAAGAGUUUGAUGACAAGUGAUAAUAGUAACAAUCAUGUCUAUCUCUACGAUUUCACUUUUAUCUCCUUAUAAUCAAACGACUGCCUAUGUUGAUAAAGAGCAAUGUUAUCUUCAGAUUGAUGUGCAAGUUUUGCGCUCAAAUGUGAUUAAAGGUCAAUUAAUGUCCUUACAGGAAUUUGGUUCAGCUUCUACAAGAGAUGAAAUGAAAAAGGAUUUAAUUACUACCAAGAAAAGAGGACGAGAUAAAAGAGCGAGUUCAAAUAGGAUAUCUAGAAUUAUAGUUUAAUACGUAUAUAUAUAUAACAUGCAUGCAUGCACACGCAUACAUAGAUACAUAUAUACAUACCUACCCACCUACCUACAUACAUACAUACAUACACACAUACAUAUAUUUAUAUACACAUAUACAUAUAUUAUACCUUAUGUAAUAAAUAAAACUCUUUUUCUCGCUCUCUUUUUUUUUUUUUUUUUUUUUUU